AUGUAUCACACAACUGGAGCGAAGAAAAGCAAAUUUGGCCAACCCUAUGAUGUGUGUGACAAACUUCUAGCUAACCAUGGUGGUAAGAAUCAUCACUUGGUUGUGGACAACUACUACACAAGCAUUGAUCUGGCAGAGCAGAUGUUAUUGAAGGAAAUCUACAUUACUGGUACCAUUCGAAGAAAUUGGCGAAAUCUCCCUCCUCUGGUGCAGAAAAAUAGAAGAAAGGUGAAGUUACUGCAGUACGUAAGGGACAAAUGCUUGCAUUGGGCUGGGUAG